CUAAGCACUAAAGCCAUCACAUUAAGCAAGCACUCCUCCCUCCAUCUCCCUCAUAGUAGCCUUCCCCCUGCUUCUAGCCUAUCUACUUCUGGCUUGCACCUCACCUCACCAUGGGUGGAUCUUCUGACCUUCCUCCAGGGUUUCACUUCUUCCCCUCAGAUGAAGAGCUCAUCGUCCAUUUCCUCCGCCGCAAGGCCUCCAUGCUUCCAUGCCAGCCAGACAUCGUCCCAACAGUACUUCUGAACCACUACAAUCCAUGGGAACUGAAUGACAAAGCACUUCAAGCAGGUAACCGGUGGUACUUCUUCAGUCAUGCAACCCAAAGUAGGGUCACACCAAAUGGGUAUUGGAGCUCUAUUUGUGCUGAUGAGAUAGUAGAAAGUGGUGGCUGUAACGUCGGCCUGAAGAAGACACUUAUCUUCUCCAUUGGAGAGCCCUCUGAGGGGAUCGAAACCAACUGGAUUAUGCACGAGUAUCACUUACUGGAUGGAAGGAAGGGGAGUGGCAGUAGCACUUCAACCAGUUCAAGCAGGAAGUUGCACAGGAAUAAAAGUCACUCAAACACGGAGUCUAACUGGGUGAUAUGCCGAGUGUUUGAUUCAACCUGUGGAUCGCAAGUGAACUACCACGAGGAGGGCAUGGAGCUUUCAUGCUUAGAUGAGGUGUUCCUAUCCCUUGACGACUAUGAUGAAGUCAGUUUGUCAAAUAAUUAGAACCCUUAUCAGCAGAACUGGUAGUAGGCCGUGCACCUAUGAUACCAUUUGAUGUUGAUUCUAGCAGGGAAAGUUACUCCAAAAGGUCAAAUGAUUUCAUAGGUGUUGAACCUAAACACUGCAUCUAGACCACACAUGUAAUUAUUCUCCUCAAAGGACAAGGAGCAUGUAACAGACUUGAGUUAGCUUUAUAUAACUAUAGCUUUACAAGGUUA